CAUACAUUGUUCAGACUCAGCCAAACAAGCAAACUGUUAGAGCGAUGCAGAGGUUUAUAAGGUGGCCUUGCAGAUUAGCGUUGUAGUUGCACCUGGCAGUUGUCAUGUGAUAUAUACAUCCAUAAACAGGCGCAAAUAUUUUUUGAAAAUAAAAUUGGCCUUCAAGUAGGGCCGGAUUUAGACUAUGGCUAAGCGAUUAUCUUUGAUAAUGACUUCAUAAAAUUUCAUUGAUCGAAUUUGAAGUAAAUGUUGAAAAUUUAAGUUUAUGUAAAGUGUGUGACGCCAUAAAUAAUAUUUAAAUUGCGUGAAUACGAAAGCCACUCACCUUAGGGGUUUUAUUUAUUCAUUCAGAAACAUAAUAAAGGAGUUCGAAACUGCAUGACGAAGCCUACGGCUUGAGGCCUUCUUCAGCCUACCUUGCCUAAUGGUAAAUCCGACACUGACUUCAAGACUACUGCACCGGUUAUGAAAUUGUAUAUUUUGAAAUUAUAUCAGGUAACUUCAGGUUUAUUAACUUUUGGAUCUUGGAACAAAAGUGAUAUCAAUUUUAAGCUUUAUACAUAAAACGACGAACAUUGUCAUGACGACGGUUGAUCGACUGAAUGUAAUCAGGGGCCAUAUUGGAUAUGACGCUCCAGAAUUGGUUACUAAAAUGACGUCAUCUUCUGGAUAUCGGUAUACUUUAAAUUAUAAUGGUAAACUAACGAACGAACAACGACAAUUUUACGAGGAAAAUGGAUAUCUUGUAGUGCGCAAGCUUAUGCCACAAUAUGAGCUUGAUAUUUAUCGGAAGAGAUUUCAUGAAAUUUGCACAAAACAGGUUGCGAUUCCCGGCCUAGCAUUGAUGAGGGAUGUCUCUAUCGCCAAAGACAAGUCUAUACAAGGAGAAAAGGCAAUUAACAAGAUUCAGCAUUUUCAAAACGAUCCUGUUCUUUUCAGUUAUCUCCACUCUCCAAGGAUCCUUCAAUACGUCGAAGCCAUUACUGGACCUGAUAUAACGGCCAUUCAUUCAAUGUUGAUAAAUAAACCCCCGGACUCAGGUAAGAAGACAUCUCGGCACCCGCUUCAUCAAGAUCUGCAUUACUUUCUACUGCGACCUGAAGAUCGGAUUGCUUGUGCAUGGACUGCAAUGCAGAAAAUUGACAGAAGUAAUGGAUGCCUUGUUGUACUGCCAGGAACACACAAGCAACCGUUAAAAGAGCACAAAUAUCCAGACUGGGAGGGUGGUGUGAAUAAAAUGUAUUAUGGAGUAGACGACUACGACGAAAAUGCUCCCAGACACCAUCUAGUGAUGGAAGAAGGUGAUACCGUAUUCUUUCAUCCAUUACUCGUUCAUGGUUCAGGAACGAAUGUCAGUGAUGGAUUUAGAAAGGCCAUCAGUGGGCAUUUUGCCAGCAGCCAGUGUCAUUUCAUUUUACCAGAAGGAACGUCACAGAAAAAUUUUGUGGCUGAAGGUGUGGGCAUCGUAAAACGUCAAACGGGCAAGGAUGUACCUUAUGAAGAAGGGGCUCGAACAAUAUAUCGGGCAGUUCAAGGAAUGCGGAAAAACAUUUAAUAGUUACCUUGUUUGUAAAUAUUUGAAAAGAGUUGAAACAUAUGGUUUUAUAUUAAUUGGGUUUUUUAUUAAUAUAGAAUCUAAAUAAAUAAUUAUCUAUUAUUAGCUACCAACAGCAUUCAACCCAUUGAAUUUUUUCCAGACAGACUUGCUGGAAAUAUAUUCGUAUGUUCCUUCAUUUAUCAAUCCUUAUUCAACGAAAUUGAAUUACGUACCAGUACCAGGAAACAUGAGUGCAUGGGUAGAAUGGACACAUAUAUAAAACGCUUUGAAGUUCAUAUAUAUUUACCGACUAUUUAUUUUUGCCUACAAUACUUUUGUUAUUAUUUUUUUGUGUGAAUGAAUCAUAUAUUUUAUUUGAGCGAAAUAAUU